GCGCCCCGCCCAGUCCGCGAGGUUGCGCGUGCCCCGUGCGACCGCCAAGAUGGUGGUAGGCGCGUUCCCUAUGGCGAAGCUGCUAUACCUGGGAAUUCGGCAGGUCAGCAAGCCGCUUGCCAACCGCAUUAAGGAGGCCGCCCGCCGAAGCGAGUUCUUCAAGACCUAUAUCUGCCUCCCGCCCGCUCAGCUGUACCACUGGGUGGAGAUGCGGACCAAGAUGCGCAUCAUGGGCUUCCGGGGCACGGUCAUCAAGCCGCUGAAUGAGGACGCGGCCGCCGAGCUGGGCGCCGAGCUGCUGGGUGAGGCCACCAUCUUCAUCGUGGGCGGCGGCUGCCUGGUGCUGGAGUACUGGCGCCACCAGGCGCACCAGCGUCACAAGGAGGAGGAGCAGCAGGCCGCCUGGGACGCGAUGCGGGACGAAGUGGGCCGCCUGGCCCUGGCGCUGGAGACCCUGCAGGCACAGGCGCAGGCACAGACGCAGGCCGCGCCUGCGCAGAGCGCGCUGGAGGAGCUGCAGGCGCAGAUGCGAGAGGUGCGCGCCCAGCUCUGCGCCCGGGAUGCGCCCCAAGCAGCGUCCGUGCCCCAGGUGGUAUCCGCGUCCAAGGCAGUGUCCGCAUCCAAGGAUCAGGAGUCUGCCGAAGUCUGAACUUGGACGCGGUUGUGUGUGCUCUGAUGUGGCCUUCUCCCCACACUAUCCCUGCCUGUGCCGGCCCAGCGGAAACCACCGGGAUCUUGAUGGAACUUGGAUUCGGUCAUCCCCUACCGAUCAGUGGUACCUUCCACCGGGACCGGCCCCCAGCAGGUGAAGCUCCAGCAAGCCUUCCUCCAGCUCGUGGGUACAGUCCACAGCGCUCAUCACUGCACCCCCACCCCAAACCACACAGACCUAUGGGGUCCCAGCCUGGACAACGGGCUGAGUUUUCUGGCAGGAGAAAAAAGGGACCCCCGACUUGAGCCGAAUCAAGCUGUUUCCUCCCCACCCUCCCAUCCCCCCAGUUACCUGAAAAGUGUCACCUUUCCCCGGGACUCUCAUCCUUUUCGCCGGAACACCCCCUUCCCCUCGUCAACAGGUACAGGCCACUAUAAAGAAGUGCUGUGUCUUUCAGUGACUUUCUGUCCCCCUCAUCUAAGGUGGGUUCCAGCUGGGCAUCACCACUCUCUCUGAGGGGAAGAAAAGGGGGAUCUUGGCUUGCAGUCGAUCCACUGAAUGUUAUACGCCCCCCCCCCCCUUUAACCUGGUCUGUGGUGCCCUGCCAAGACCCCAAGUGGAAUAUUCCAACAGAUUCCCCCCAGCCCGCAAGCCUAGGCCACGGCGCAGCCCGCCCGGAUGACUGCAGGGCCUUCCGUGGCAGUGCUCUCCCAACACCCCUUCCGUGGCGGAAAAGUCGACCCCGCCUCUGGCCAAUCCAACUUCAGCCUGUGGACCUGCCUUCAGGGCCCGUGAGCCUUUCCUGCCGUCCUUCCCCACCUUCCACGCUAUGAUCUUCAGUCGCCUGUCAGAGGCCUGCCAGCCAUGGGCUAGAUGAUCACAUUCCUCGGCUUCCAUCCAAAUCUGGGGACCUGGGUGCCCUUGCCCUUCUCCUCUGGGGCUCCGGGCUGGCCCACCAGCCCCCCUUCAUGCGGUAGUACCCCCGGGCCUUCAUUGCCUCCCGUCCCACCUCCAUCCCACUGGUCUAGGCCACCAGUUGGUCUUAACCUUUAUUCGUUUCCUGGGGCUAGUAUACCCAAUGACCACAGACUUGAUUUGCCAUCUCACGGUUCUGGAGGCCAGAGAUCCGAAAUCAAAGUGUCAGCGGGGCCACACCCGUCCGAAGGCGCUACGGGAGGAUCUUCCCUGGCCUCUUCUAACUUUUGGUGACUUCAGGCAUUCCUUGGCUUGUGGCCGCAGAUCUCCAGUCUCUGCGCCCUCUUCGCGUGGCCUUUGUUUCCUCUUCUGUCUCCGGUAAAGACACCUGUCGUUGGAUUCAGGGCCCGCCCUAAAUCUAGGAUGACUUCACUUCAGGAUCCUUAACUUAUUUACAGAGGUGGGGUUUUUUUCCCCCCCAGAUAUGCUUGCAGUCACACAUCCCAUGGUUUACUAUGUGGACAUGUCUCUGGGGGAGUCAGCAUUCAGCCCGCUACACCUCCCCAUCCCAAGAGAGCGCUGGGACUCUUGCCAGCCCCACAGGACGUUUGGCCUUCCCCACAAGAGUGAUCGGAACAGUCCAGGAACCCUCCUUUACUACCUGGUGUCUCUUCCAGGAAUCUCCCUGAUGUGGGAGGGGUGUGGGUCCCACCAGUCCACCAGUCUGCCUUCUGCGCUUCGGACUGUAGAUAUUGUCUGGAAUAAUCUUCAGGGUGUGUCUGAGAACACAGGGACCUCCAAAAUGAGUACAACGAGACGCGUUAGGAUUAGAGAAGCUGAUGUGCGUGCAUGGGCAGUCAUCCUGUGAACCCUUUCCCAGACUGGAACCCUGAGGCCCAGGAGAAGCAAGGGGACUGGCCCAAGUCCCCAAAGUCCAAGGCGGUGAGGUAGUAAGAGCAGAGUGGGGGCAGGGGGUGCACAGGGAAGGGAAUGGAGGGGGCUGCAGGAUGCUUGAGGGUACUGAUGCCGGAGGAGGAAGAGAGAGGGGCAGGGGAAGGGUGUUGGUUAGGGCUCUACACAGAGGCCCAAAGCAUUUCCCAGAGGCGGUGCUGAGGGUUGGGGGGCCCUCAGUUCCUAGCCACAGCGGCCCCAGAGCACACCUGAAAUCUUAGCAUUUAAUGAAUGGGGUUAGAUCCAAGAUCCAUUUUACUUGGGCCCGGUUCCCAGAAGCCGUAGGUGAAGGGGGAGGGGCCGGCUUCCUCUCACCUUUGUCCUCCCUCACCUCGCUUCCAGGGGGCCAGGGACCAGAGUGGGGGCAGGGAGGGUGAUCUGCCCAGGUAGAAAACGAAGAAACAUGGGUUCUGAAGCAUCAUCUUAAUUCUUUCUGGACGAGGGGGAGAAGCGCACGUGGAGGGUGUCCUGGGUGGAGGUGUCUUUAAAAUUGGAAAUGGCCUGGGGCGCCUGGGUGGCGCAGUCGGUUAAGCGUCCGACUUCAGC